AUGGACUCUUUGCAGCUACAUGCCCCCUUUGACCAGAAAGAAAGAGAGCUUGCGGACAAGAGAGCCAAAUGCCACGACACGGGCCGGAAGGAGGAAAAGUUGGCCACACGAGUGCGACAGUUCUUGAAUGUCCUAGUGGGUGUCAGCGUGGGCCUUGCAGCUGUCGUGGUUCGUCUCGGCUCUGACAAGCUGGGCAAUUGGCGCCGGGAGACCUUCAAGAACCUUUUGGCUGGCAAAGAGCACUGGGACUUGGAGUUUGGCGGAGUUGUCUUGCUUGCAAUGGGGAUGACAGCAGGGUUCGCAGUGCUGAGUACCGUGGCAGUGGUCCUGGUGCCCACCAGCAGUGGCUCCGGCAUCCCAGGUGUUUUGGCCUUCCUCAACGGAUGUGACCUACACGUCGCCCUUAGAGGCCAGGUCUUAGUAGCCAAGGUCUUUGGCACGAUUCUGUCUGUCGGAGGAGGCUUGGCUCUAGGCCCUGAAGGGCCCAUGGUCCACAUCGGUGCCAUUGUGGGGAUGUUGGUUUGCCGCCGCUGCUUGGCACCGGCACUGAAGCGGCUUGGGCCCUUUUCGCAAAAUUUGGAAGCAGAGCUCUCGCGACAGCCUUUGCGGUAUCACAUUCAGGCGGCGGUGAUGGGUGCAGGUGCUGGCAUCGCAGCAGCAUUCAAUGCGCCCUUGGCGGGCACGGCCAGCCCUAGCAAGAAGAAGAGGCUCGAUUUGCGCAAGCUCUUCAAAGAGGGACAGAAGCACUUGACGCCACCGGUAGCGGACCCGACUCGGGCAUUUUACGAGUCCCUGCUGGAGGAGAAACCGGACAGCGCCAUUGCAAUCAGAUUCUGCGUUGAGCACGGGGUGAAGCAGCUUGAAGACCACAAGAAGUUGCUGAAGAGCUACAACCGCCUGAAAGAGAAAGGCGCUUUCAAUAUGUCCAUGAAGAUCAAGCGCGCUAUGGAGAAGCGCCACCUUGGCCUUCUGAAGUCAAAGAAAGAGAAGAAAGAAAAGAAGGAGAAGAAGGAGAAGGAGAAGAAUUGA